UUGUGAGAAUACAGUUGCAUUUUUUUCGAUACGCAAACGUAUUUGUGAGACAUUAAAGGCCUUCCUGCUAAGAUGAGGACGAACAGCAAUGAAGACCGUAAUUUUUUACAGCCAUCAGAGAGCCACAGAAGAAACAGUGGCUCCAGCAGUCAGUCCAAGAUCCUGGACAUUGAGAGAGCUGAAACGGCUGAGUUUUUUGCAGGGCUUCAACGUGCAGAGAGACUGUAUUUUGGACAGAAAUCCUUAAUUGAUGAAGCUAUGAAGAGAAUGGGAAUCCCCAUCCAGCAGGACACCCUCCCCUCAACUCAGUCUCCAGUUUCUCCCACAAAAAGACCUGAAUCCUCUCUGCGAGGGAGGAGAACCACGGCCAUUUUAAAGGAUGACAAAAGGGUUCGGACGUCCAGGGCUAACCGGACGUUGGUAGAAGAGGAGCCUUUAUAUGAAAAGAAGCUGCGCCUGGGCAGGAAGAUGGCUGGGGGGACAGAUGCAAACAGGAGCCCAAGUACAGACUCUUCCCUCAGCUCUGUGGACAAGCACACUCCCACUGAGCUGUGGGCCAUUUCACACACCAGACUGUUUACCCCUACUCCUCCUCCUCCUCCUUCCCCUCCUCCCAGAGCAACCAGGAGACGGUCUCGUCUCCCAGUGAUUGCUAUGAAAUUUGGUGGAGCAGUCAAGGAGGUGGCCGAUGGAUGCAAGCUCCAGUCAUCACAGACGACGCUAGAGGGACUUAUAGAGACACUAGAGAAAUUUGAGUUUCACCACCAUCCUUCACCUGGACCACCAGCAGCCCCCAGUGGGAUCCCAACGAUGGCACCCAAGUUUCCAGAUCGUCCAAAAAAAGCUGUCCCGCCCAACAGCAAAAGACCUCACCGUGGGACCCUGGCAGUGGCACCCAAGGUUCCAGCACCUCCAUCAGAAGCUGCCCCGCCUUACAGAAUUGGACUUCGUCAUGGAACCACAGAGGUGACACCCAAAGUUCCAGCACCACCUUCAGAAGAUGCCCCGGUCAACAGAAAAGGACCUCGUCAUGGGACCCCGGCGGUGACGCCCAAAGUUCCAGCACCACCUUCAGAAGCUGCCCCGCCCAAUAGAAAAGGACCUCGCCGUGGGUUCUUGGUGGUGGCACCCAAGGUUCCAGCACCUCCAUCAGAAGCUGCCCCGCCCAACAGCAUCGGACUUCGUCAUGGGACCCCGGCGGUGACGCCCAAAGUUCCAGCACCACCUUCAGAAGCUGCCCCGCCCAAUAGAAAAGGACCUCGCCGUGGCUUCUUGGUGGUGGCACCCAAGGUUCCAGCACCUCCAUCAGAAGCUGCCUCGCCCAACAGAAUCGGACUUCGUCAUGGGACCCCGGCGGUGACGCCCAAAGUUCCAGCACCACCUUCAGAAGCUGUCCCGGCCAACAGAAAAGGACCUCGUCAUGGGACCCCGGCGGUGACGCCCAAAGUUCCAGCACCACCUUCAGAAGCUGCCCCGCCCAACAGAAAAGGACCCCGCCGUGGGACAAAAUGCCACCCAAAGGCUGUCGCAGAUCAGGAAGAUCUCCAGCCUUUGGUCGAUCCUGCAAAGAGCCUGUCCCUCUGCUUCACCCAGCUGACCUCAGAUAACUGGGAGAAGAACCUCGAUGGAUUGAAAUCUGUUCGAGCUCUGGCACGACACCAUCCAGAAGUCCUGCAGACCAACCUGCAUGAAGUCUGCCUGCUCCUCACAGAAGCGGUGAAUAACCUACGCUCUGCUGUGGCCUAUGAGGCAAUGGGCACCGGAGCAGAGCUCCAUGCCCACCUGGGGAGGGCCAUGGACACUGAGGCAGAGUGGACAGGCCGUGUCCUGCUGCUAAAGUUGGCAAAGACAACCAACUCCUUCCUUCAACAGCAGGCUAACCUCGCCCUGGAUGCACUGGUGGAGGGCUGCAGCCCUGGUAGAAUAAUAAAUGUUCUCCUCGACACAGGGUUGAGCCACCGUUGUGCUGCCGUGAGGGCCAGCACAGCCGAGCACCUCCACCAGCUGGGGGACAUCGUUGGAGAAGAUCAGAUCCUGACAGCAGGGAAGAUCUUCACAGAGCGUUUCCUUGUUGCUGUCAGUAAGAUGGCGGUGGAUCCUGCACAAAAAGUCAGGCACUACGGACAGAAGAUGCUCAAGGGACUCGUCCACCAGAAGGAGUUCACGGUCCAGUGGGAGAGGAUCAUCCCAGAGAAAGACAGACGUCCCGUGGAGAAGAUCUUGAAGAAGAUGAGGCAGUAGAAGCACAGGCGAUGGAAAGACUGGAGACAUCUGGACAACAUCAACUUUAGGCUGGCACGGAGGUGCAGGGGUUAGCUCUGUUACCUCACAGGUGCAUGUUCUCCCUGUGCCAGUGUGGGUUUCUUCCGGGUGCUCUGGUUUCCUCCCACAGUCCUAAAGAUAUGCAGAUUAGGAUCAUUGGACACUCACAGGUUCUCAAUCGUUUUUCAGCCAAGGACCCCUUACAAGAGAGAAUGUACCGGGCGGUGAAGUGUUUCACAUUAGAUUAGAUUCAACUGUAUUGUUGAACAUUAUACGUGAUGUAUAAAUAACAUAUAAAUAUCCAUCCAUCCUUUUUCAUCUAUAUGAAGUAGGGGGUAUCUGCUCCGUCUCUCAAUCAGCUAAGGAGUCCUUGGCCUAAAAAACGUUUAAGAACCCUGUUCUAGGAUAUAUGUGUCUGUCUGUGAUAGACUGGCGACUUGUCCAGAGCUUAAAGUUAA